AUGUCUUCCUCCCGAUCAACCGGAAAACGUCUCCCCAUCAGUUGCCAGGCAUGUCGAACCAGAAAGAUCCGCUGUUCCCGCGAUGGCCGUCCAUGCCAGACCUGUGUGCGCCGCGGACUAGGUGCGGAGGAUUGCAUCUAUCUCGGCCAGCCACGUCUCUCAACCGAACAGUCCCAGUCCUCCACAGAUCCCAAUGUCCAGAAUGAACUACUGGCCCGGAUCCGCAAUCUGGAAGCCCUUCUCCAGAAGCAGGUAAGCUCACAAGCUGGCACCCCCGUUGCUGGCUCUCAGUCCCCACUGGGGGCUCUCAGUGCGACAGGCAGCUUGUCUGAGUCUGAUGUUGGCGCGGGACUGGACUGGGAUUUGCGCAGUACCAUGCUGGGCAACGUUGGCACCUUGCAUACGUCACCUUCAGGUCAUGUUCGUUAUGUGCCACUUGCUUCACAGUGGGAAUCUGUUGUUGCAAAGAGCCCCGCUGCGGGGUGUUUGCGGGAUUCCGAGUCCGAUAUUGUUGACGACGAUGAUCUGCAGAUCCCAUUAGCUCGAAAUGGGAGUGUAUCCCGGGCUGAGCUGUUGGCCUUGCUACCACCAGGUCGGUACUGUGAUAACCUGAAAGAGGUUUACUUCCGUGUCUUCUCUCCGGUCUUCCAUAUUCUACAUGACUUGACUUUUGAAGCCGAGUAUCAACAGUUUUGCCAUGACCCUGGCAGUGUGUCUACUUCAUGGCUCGCUCUUCUGUUUGCUAUUCUAGCUAUCGCAGUCAGUGCACUAGAAGACGAUGACCCUUUGCUAUCCGACCUUGGCCGGGAAAGAACGGUUAGUCGAAACAUCAAGGUGCUCUCAGCACGAUACCGAUCCGCCGCACUACGAUGCCUAGCUGCAGAUGGGGUGAUGACUCGUCAUUCUAUCAACUCGCUUCAAUCAUUAGUACUCAUCAACUACGCCCGGCUUCAUCGCGGCCUACCCUUCUGGACACUACUUGGAUUCACUCACCACGUUGCCAUCUCCAUGGGAUGUCACCUUGAUCCAGAGAGAUUCGUUCUCGGACCCAUCGAGCGCGAAGAGCGACGACGAGUAUGGGCAGGACUCAUGAUGCUUUACACUAUCCACAACACAUCAUUCGGCAGUCUAGACCAACAACUCAUCAACCAAGACGUCCGAAUGCCAGCGGAUGUCGACGACAUCGACCUUCUCACCACACCAAACAUCACCUCCGACCCAUCCUCAUCUCCUUCCUCAAACCGACCUACACAAAUGACCUACCUCCUCCUCAGCCACCGCCUAUACAAGAUCUCCACCAAAAUCUGCGAAACCAUCUUCACCUACCCGCAAGUCUCCAGAUUCACCAUUGCACAACUCGAAGCCGAGCUCAUGUCCGUUCGCGAUCUAUGCGAUUCCCGAUACUCACUCGAUAACGGAGAGCAAUUACCCGUACACCACCAAGCCAACCUCAACAUCCUAUACAGCCAAAUCCACCAACUCCUCCUCCUUCUCCUCCGUCCCAAUCUCUGCCGUUUCAUCCAAGGCGAAAUCACGCCCGAGACCUGCGAAUCCCGAGCCAAGUGCAUGGCCUCCGCCAAAGCCUCGCUUGCCAUCUUCCAGACACUCUUGGAGUCUUCACAAUUCGCCCCUUACAAGUGGUACACUAGUGGACUGGGCAGUUUCAACGCCUUCCACGCCGCAGUUGUGUUAGCGGUCGGACUCCUGAACCCGGAGAACGAGGCAGAAUUUGACGAGAUCAAAGAAACCUUGAGCAAGGCACUGGACAUGUUCGCCUCGCUUUCUGUUCGAAGUAUCUUCUGCAGCAAAGCAGUUCCAGUCGUUCGACAGAUCAUUGAAAUCACAUCAACACAGUACCACCAAGCAAAACUCCAAUCCCAAACCCAACAAACUCAAGCCCAAAUGUUCGCGACAUUACCACCUUCUCUCUCGACCGUCAGCAUGUCUGAUAGCUACAUCCUGCCACACUCUCAAUCACAAUCACCUGUACCGACUGUGGCGUCUACUACGAGCGAUCACACAAUGCAGACCGGAUUCGCGAUUAAUUUGCACCCCCAGCAUUGGAUGGGUCCUACUUCUGUGCCGUGGGAUACAAUGGGUUCUUCGAUGCAGUAUGCAUAUGGGUCUGAUGUGGCCUGA